CUACGGACAAGAUGGCCGCAUCGCCUGUGUCUACGGACAAGAUGGCCGCAUCGCCUGUGUCUACGGACAAGAUGGCCGCAUCGCCUGUGUCUACGGACAAGAGGGCCACAUUGCCUGUGUCUACAGACAAGAUGGCCGCAUCGCCUCAUCCUCGGAAGAGGAGGAGGAGGAGGAAGGCUUCUUCUGUUCUUCCCCCUCUUACGCCCAAGCUGCUUGCUCGGCCGGCGCCACCUGCGCUUCUUGCCCUGCCAGCGCCACCUGCGCUCCUUGCCCUGCCAGCGCCACCUGCGCUUCUUACUCUGCCGGCGCCACCUGAACUCCCUGCCUUGCCAGCACCACCUGAACUCCUUGCCCUGCUUCUUGCCCUGCCAGCGCCACCUGCGCUUCUCACUCUGCCGGCGCCACCUGAACUCCCUGCCUUGCCAGCACCACCUGAACUCCUUGCCCUGCCAGCACCACCCGAGCUCCUGGCCCUGCCGGCGCCAUCCAAGCUCCUAGCCCUGCCAACGCCACCCAGGCGUCUCGCCCUGCCGGCACCACCCGAACGCCUGGCCCUGCCGGAACCACCUGAACUCCUUGCCCACGAGGCCGCAACAGACCCCGUUGAAAUCCCCAAGAACUUUUUGGGG